AUGGCCACAAUCGACGUUACCCGGCAGAGGGUGUCUCUGCUCGGCGACGCGGCAGCUCUUCAGUUUCUGCCGCGCGAACUCACGGAUGUGAUCCGUGAUGAUCAGUCAACUCAACUCCUAGAUGCUGUCGCGAACGCAUCUCUUAUUCCCGCCGUUACCGACAGGAUUUUUGCCCAUUUCGAAUCCGUCUUUGCAGAUGUUUGCGCGCGAUGGGUCUUGUCACAUCCCCGACUCGAUGUGAGAGUUCUCGCAUCGUUUGCUCGCAUCCUACCUUUCUCUCCGUCUCUCUCAGUCUUCCUCAUAUCUCAUCUUCAAGGGCCGAGUCAGGGACAACGGCCGGAGCCUACUUCAGGGCAGGCUCAAUCUCAGGGACAGGGGACCGAGAGUGCAGGGAGAAGAGUGUCGCGACUCGGCCCCCUAGAUCUGGCUGCCUUCUCAGAUCAAGAUCUCCCUGUUGUCCUGUUGGCGCUGUGGAGGCUCAACACCUUUGAUAAGCGCACGUUCUCGCCCCUCUCAAGACCGUCUCAAUUGCAGUCCCUUUUCCAGCACCAACUCCCUACCGUGAGAUAUCUCUCCAUUCGAGUUUUUUGUCAGUUCCAUGAUGCCUCAGACCAGAAGGUCGAGGCGCUGGUAUCAAGAUAUAUCCCUAAGGACACCAGUCUCGUUGCGGAUCUGGAUGGCAGGGCAGCCGAUUACGCGUUCUUAACUCUGUAUGAGGACGCCCGGCAUCAAGAAGUCCUCCGCCUUCGAGAUAGUCUUCAACAAGCCCCGUCAUCCAACUCUGUCCCGCCAUCUGUCCCGGUACAGCAUCUCACCCCUCUUGUUGUCAAGUAUGGCAACACAGUCCUGCCGCGCCCUUUGGGCCCUGUAAACACCCCUAGCACGCUCGCUCUCACUCCAACAACCGUGGAAAACCUCGAGAACCUUGCCCGCAUAUUGCAACAACCAGGCCCUAUCCUGUUGCAUGGUCUGUCCGGCGCCGGUAAAACGUCCUUGGUCCAUGAAGUAGCGAGGGAGCUAGGAAAGCAGAAAGAGCUUGUGACGCUGCAUCUCAACGAGCAGACCGAUGCUAAGAUGUUGCUUGGCUUGUAUACGACUGACACCAAGCCCGGCUCCUUCACAUGGCGCCCUGGUGUCUUAACCACCGCUGUUAGAGAAGGACGAUGGGUCCUGAUUGAAGAUCUUGACCGAGCGCCCACUGAAGUCAUGAGCACUCUGUUGCCCCUGAUUGAGCGCAGUGAGCUCCUGAUACCUGGCCGUGGAGAGCGCAUCCAGGCUGCCGCCGGUUUUCGCCUGUUUGCGACUGUCCGCACUUUGCUCGGGAUAAAUGACCGGGAGAAUUUGCCAAACAUGAUUGGGCUACGCCUUUGGCAUUUGAUGCACGUCAAGGCUCUCCCCCGUGAGGAUCUAGUGGAGGUAAUUAACGGGAGGUAUCCUCUGCUACACAAAUACACUUCAGGGAUACUUGCGGUUUUCGAUCAACUCGUUGCUUGCACGAGCGGGUCAACUCGUCUUGCCCUUGGCCGGACGGCUUUGGAUCGACCCAUCGGCACUAGGGACCUCCUGAAAUGGUGCAGUCGAUUGGAUGGUAUUUUGCGCGCUGCUGGAUGUAAAACCGGCGAAGAACCCAUCACUGACACCACACGGGAUCGCAUGUUCCUUGAGGCCGUCGACUGCUUUGCUAGUCACUUGCAUGAGCCUUCAUCUCGAAGUAUCUUGAUCACUGCAAUUGCCAAGGAGAUGCAUCUUUCCUCUGAGAGGGUUCAACAUUACCUCACAAGUUACGUCCCGGAGCUGGAGGAUACCGAGUCCAGGUUGACCAUCGGACGCGCCUCAUUUAUCAAGCAGAAGCGCUCCAGUCGGGCUGCCAAGUCAAGGAGACCCUUUGCCACAACAGUCCAUGCGAAGCGUCUACUUGAGCAGAUCGCCAUCGCUGUUAAGCAACGAGAGCCAGUUCUGCUGGUCGGUGAGACCGGUAUUGGCAAGACGACGGUGGUGCAGCAGCUGGCAGAUUCUCUGGGACACCAGCUUGUGGCCGUCAACCUGUCACAACAAAGUGAGGCCAGCGACCUCUUGGGUGGGUUUAAGCCUGUGAGUCCACAGAGCUUGGCAAUGCCGCUUAAAGAAGAGUUCGAGGAGCUCCUCGAGAAGACCGGCGUCUCUAUGGAGAAGAAUAAGGAAUACCUGGACCGGAUCAACAAGCGGUUCGCCAAGGGCCGCUGGAAGGAGAUCUCAAAGGAAUGGAGGAAAGCCCCUAAGAUGUUUGAAGCGAUCCUGGCCAAGCUUGAGGCUGGCGCAAAGGCUCGGUCUGUGACAGAGAACGGUGAUGGCCAACCGGCCAAGCGUCGCAAGACUGAAUCUUCCAAGCUACAACGCCUGUUGGAUCUCAAACCACGGUGGGAGCAGUUCUCUCAGAGCCUCGAUCAGUUCGACCGGCAGCUCGCUAGUGGCUCGGCUGGCUUCGCCUUCGCCUUUGUUGAAGGCAAGAUUGUCAAGGCCGCCCGCAAUGGUGACUGGGUUCUUCUGGAUGAAAUCAACUUAGCAUCUCCAGACACUCUUGAGAGCAUAUCUGGGCUCUUCCAGCCAAAUCCAUCUCUUCUCCUUUCUGAGACGGGCGAGAUUGAGAGGAUACAGGCACAUCCCAAUUUCCGGGUGUUCGGUGCCAUGAAUCCAGCGACCGAUGUGGGCAAGCGCGACCUCCCGCUCGGCUUGCGGUCUCGCUUCACAGAGAUCUACGUUUCUAGUCCGGAUCGUGACAAGAAGGAUCUUCUUACCAUCAUCAAGACAUAUUUGAAAGGGAAUAACAGCAACAUAGAUCGGCUGGCCGACGAUGUUGCAGACCUAUACCUCGAGAUCAAAAGGCGGGCGGAGGCUAAAACCCUGGUCGACCAGGCGAAUGAAGUGCCUCACUUCAGCUUGCGCACCCUGACCCGCGUCUUGACAUACGCUAAUGAUGUUGCGCCUUUCUAUGGCUUGGAGCGGGCUCUUUACGAGGGUUUUUGUAUGUGCUUCACAACACUGCUGAGUGAAGAAUCAGAGCGUGCGGUCAUGCCCCUGAUCCACCAGCAUUUGCUGAAGCGUCCUGGCAUCCUUACCCAACCUCCCAAGAAACCCGCCGACGGGAAGCGUUAUGUGAUAUUCAGAAACAGGAACAAGGACCACCAAUACUGGCUUCUCCAGGGCAAUGAGGAGCCAAAAGAACGGGAAGACUAUAUCAUCACGCCCUACGUUGAGAGGAAUCUAUUGAACUUGGUCCGCGCAACGUCGACCCGCAGAUACCCGAUUCUGAUCCAGGGUCCAACAUCGGCGGGUAAAACUAGUAUGAUCGAGUACUUGGCCAACUACACUGGAAACAAGUUCGUUCGCAUCAACAACCACGAGCAUACCGAUCUCCAGGAGUAUCUUGGCACCUACGUAUCAGACUCAGAGGGCAAGCUCAAGUUCCAGGAAGGCCUGCUGGUCCAGGCUAUGCGGGAAGGAUCAUGGAUUGUGCUCGAUGAGCUGAAUUUGGCACCUACCGAUGUCUUGGAAGCCCUCAACCGUCUUCUCGACGAUAAUCGCGAGCUUCUGAUCCCCGAGACACAGGAAAUCGUGCGCCCACACGAGAAUUUCUGCCUGUUUGCCACCCAGAAUCCCCCCGGUCUGUAUGGUGGUCGCAAGGUCCUCUCUCGUGCGUUCCGCAAUCGUUUCCUUGAGCUGCAUUUUGACGACAUUCCCGAGAGCGAGCUGGAGACGAUCCUGCAAAAGCGGAGUCGUAACACCUCUCCACCGGAUUGCCGUCGUAUCGUUGCCGUCUACAAGCAGCUCACCCGUCUUCGCCAGGAGAGCCGUGUAUUCGAGCAGAAGAACAGCUUCGCGACUCUCAGAGAUCUUUUCCGAUGGGCUCUGAGAGAGGCCGAUACCCGCCAGGAAAUUGCGGAGCAUGGCUUUAUGCUGCUUGCCGAAAGGGUCCGCAAGCCAGAGGAACGAGAAGAAGUCAAGAAGGUCAUUGAGGAGGUCUUCAAGGUCAAGAUUGACGUGGACCGUCUCUACGACUUUGAGACCGCUCGUGAGUUCAGCAACGUCAAGGCUAGGAAUAGCCAGGGUGUCAUCUGGACCCGGGCGAUGCGCCGCCUGUAUGUCCUGGUCAAGCGCGCCAUCAAAAACAAUGAGCCCGUGCUGCUGGUUGGAGAGACCGGCUGCGGCAAGACCACCGUCUGCCAACUUCUUGCGGAAUUCGAGAAGAAACCUCUGCACAUUGUCAACGCUCACCAGAAUACAGAAACUGGUGACCUCAUCGGCUCUCAAAGACCCGUGAGAAACCGCGGUGCGAUCCUGGAUGCGCUCCAUAGGGAUCUCCAAGAAGCUGCCGCUAUGCUCGGUAAGGAAAACGACUCACUUGAGAGUCUUCAAGAGUGGUACCGUACCCUGGGACCCGAGGAUCUUGCAAAACUUCCCGAAAGCCUGAAGGCCAGGAUCCAAGCUAGUACAACCCGAAGCAGGGCGUUGUUCGAGUGGUGUGAUGGCAGCCUGGUUCAUGCCAUGAAGGAGGGGAGUUAUUUCUUGCUCGACGAGAUUUCGCUUGCCGAUGACUCAGUCCUUGAACGUCUCAACUCUGUGCUCGAGCCUCACCGCAGCCUCCUCCUUGCCGAGAAGGGCAUCACAGACUCCUUCGUCCAAGCCGCUGAGGGCUUCCAGUUUUUCGCCACCAUGAACCCUGGUGGUGACUUUGGCAAGAAGGAGCUCUCUCCGGCUCUCCGGAACCGUUUCACCGAGAUUUGGGUUCCGUCCUUCACUGACGUUGAAGACGUCCACGACAUUGUUGUCUCCAAGCUCGACUCCAGGUUCAAGCAGCAGCGUCCUAGCAAGAAGGGUGCAAAGCCCGUCUCGCGCAUCAUCGUCGAGUUUGCCUCUUGGUUCGGCAAAACAUUCCGGCCGUCGUCUACCACAGCCUUCUCGGUCCGCGACAUCCUUGCGUGGGUCGAAUUUAUGAACAACUGCCGCUUUUCAUCUGUUGAACUCGCUCUGCUGCAUGGUGCCUCUAUGGUCUUUAUCGACACUAUUGGUGCCAAUCCUUCUGCCCUGGUCGCCGUUGACCCGCGCGAAAUGGCCACCCACCGCCAGAUGUGUCUCGACCAGCUCAGUUCGCUGUGCGGGGGCGUCGAUUUUGCCAAGUUAUACUUCCAAGAGCCACAGGUUACCAUCAAUGAGAAGCUGCUCACCAUCGGCGACUUCAGCAUUGACCGGUCCAUGGCCGGUGGAGUUAUCGACCCUGGCCAUGAGUUUACUGUUCCCACCACGAAGAUGAACGCCAUGCGUGUUAUCCGUGCCUUGCAGGGGACCAAACCGAUCCUUCUUGAGGGUAACCCAGGCGUGGGCAAGACCACUCUGAUUACGGCGCUAGCUCGUGCCUGCGGGCGGCCGCUUACGCGCAUCAAUCUGUCGGAUCAGACGGAUCUCAUGGAUCUGUUUGGCACAGAUGUUCCUGUCGAGGGUGCUGAGGCUGGAAAUUUCAAGUGGCAGAAUGCCCCAUUCUUGGAGGCCAUGCAGAAGGGUGAAUGGGUUCUGCUUGAUGAAAUGAAUUUAGCCUCUCAAACCGUUCUUGAGGGUCUCAAUGCCUGUCUUGACCACCGUGGAGAGGUAUAUAUCGCUGAGCUGGAUCAAGUGUUCAAACGGCAUCCAGAUUUCAGGCUUUUCGCCGCCCAAAACCCUCAUCAUCAGGGAGGUGGUCGCAAAGGUCUUCCCAGUUCAUUCGUCAACCGUUUCAUCGUCGUGUAUGCGGAUGUUUUCUCCAAGCAAGACCUUCUUCAGGUCAUGGCUAGGAAGUUCGACCAGAUUGGCACUGAGACUCAACAUCAACUCAUCGAGUUCAUGUCAAGGCUCGAUGACGAGGUCGUUACAAGGAGAUCGUUCGGUGCUUUGGGUGCUCCUUGGGAGUUUAACCUUCGAGACACGCUUCGCUGGGGUGACCUAUUGACUUCCCAGGAUGCUUUGUUGUCUGGUCGUAAGCCAGAUGAUUACCUUGAUAUCAUUAUUCGACAACGCUUCAGGUCGGAAAAGGACAGACAACAGGUUAAUAGGCUGUUUGCUGAAGUGUUUGGUCGUGAGCCGGAGGAUCAUGGCCUGUACCAUGAUAUUAACCCCUAUUAUGGUCAGGUCGGGCUAGCAAGCCUGAAGAGGAACCCGCUGUCUCAGCCGACACCAUUCCCCAGCAUCAAUCCGGUGCCAAGACUUAAGGAGAUCGAAUCACUCAUGAUCGCUGUCCAACAGGACCUCCCAUGUAUUCUUGUUGGUCCUUCUGGCAGCGGCAAGUCGGCUUUGUUAGCAUAUGUUGCGGCCCUUGCUGGCAAAUCUCUCGUUAUCUUCCCUCUUAACGCCGAUGUGGAUGCCAUGGACCUCAUUGGAGGCUUCGAGCAGGCAGACCCUCAUCGUGACCUCCAGGUCAGUCUGUCAAAACUCGAGCAGGCGCUUCGCGACGAGAUUCUCGGCACCCUUCCCAAUCCCGUCUCGGAUGCUGCUGUAGACCUGAUGGCUUCGCUGCACUCCCUGACCGGUGAAGCACACGAAUAUGAGCUUCUCCUUCCUCUGGUUGAGACCUUGAGAGUUAGUCCCUCCAUCUCUGCUGCUCUUGCCAAUCAUCUUGCCGAGGCGGGAGAAGCUCUCAGGAAGCCUUUGACCCUGGAGAACCCCCGGUUUGAGUGGCUUGACGGCGUCAUUGUGCGCGCAGUUGAGACAGGUGCCUGGCUGGUCCUGGACAACGCGAACUUGUGCAGCGCGUCCGUCCUUGACCGGCUUAACUCAUUGCUCGAGAGGCCCAACGGCAUCCUCAGCAUCAAUGAGCACAGCGGUCCUGGUGGAGAACCGAGGAUCAUCAAGCCACACCCAGAAUUCAGGAUAUUCCUGACCGUCGAUCCCCGGUAUGGCGAGCUUUCACGCGCUAUGAGGAACCGUUCGAUCGAGAUUUAUCUGGAGCCUUUACCAACCGCGUCCAUCUCCGUUGCUGGGCGCACGUCAUCUGUUCCUGUCGAGGGAAGCUUGCAGAGGUUCCAUGCUGCUGCUAAGAUCCUAGAGCAACAAGGUUCGGAGGAUAGGCAGCUUGUCUCUCUGGCUUUUGAUGUGUUGUCCCUCAAUGACACCAACCGGCUUAAUGCCUACGCGCAGGCGGCCCGCGAUGGCUUCUCUCAUUCUGCUCCCUCAUUGUUGCGAUCUCCUGCCGCCCUCGAGUAUCUCGGCCAACUUACGGCUUACAUCCACUCUGAAGAUGCCGCUUCUCUGAGACAGGCUAUCGCUAAUCUUUACGCGGCCUCGCCUGAACGGAUGUUGAUGCCGUUGCACCCGCUUAUCAACUCUCCAAUAAUCCAGCUCUUGGAGCACGGCCGUGAAGGCGCGGCAUUUUGGCUUGCCAGCUGCUACGAGUUCUUUCUUGACAUUCUGCGUUCCGAGACGGCCAUGGAAGCGCAGCUUGCCAGAGUCAAUGUCAGCAAGCCAUCGUCUCUUAACCGUCUACAGAGGUCCUGGGUCGCAGACAAGGUUGCCUCGCUGUCAAAGGACUCGACCGUCAAUGCUGUGCGGUUCCUUACGUCAGCACUCCGGGCGGUCAGGGCGUUUGUAUGUGAGACGAGUGAGCCAGGUGGUUCUUGGAAGUUACGCAGCGCGGUAUUGAGACGUCUACUGCUGUUCUGGAAGCGUACGUUCAGGGCACUUAUCGCAUCGUCUUUCGAGGAGGCGCGUUUCCAGGCCCAUCUCACUCAAGGGUUGAAGCUCCUCGCCCAAUGCAUAUCCGCUCUCCAAGGGCAAGACAGUGAUCAAAAGCUUCUCACCAUGCUGGUCGGAUUCUUGGAGCGAGAUUUCGUCGUUGGCUUCAAGCUGUCGACUGGUCUUAGUAUGGAGGUUCUUUGGCACCAGCUACGACCGGAUCCGAUCCCUGAUCUGCAGACGUUGGAGCAGGUUGCUGAGCUGGAACGUCUCGCAGACCGUUUCGAUGCUCUUCGCUGGCUGGUUGACGUUAACAUCUCCACCCUGCGUACUGUUCAAGACUCCAUGGCCCGCGUCUACGCCUUUGUUCGGACUGGCAAAGGAACUGCUGGUGAGCUAGUCAAGGACCUGCAGUCAGAGAUCACAGCCUUGGAGCAAAAGAUCGGCGAGCAUUCGAGUCCACACCAGCCCUUCUUCGCCUCCAGCUUCGAGGGUUUGAGGCAGGCUCUCGUUUUGCAUCAGGUCUCCCAAGAAGCUACCCUACAGCAAGGCUCAUCAGAUGUCGACGUCCUUUCAAACCUCCCAACCGUCACCCUGAUGCGUCUACAGUGCCUGAAGCGGACGCCUCUGCAAGCGGUCGACUACAUCCUCGCCCAGGAUACCAAUGAUGUUCAUCCUUGGGAGGGCACACUGUCCAAGUCGCUACUCCUUCGAUAUGAUGCAGCCUCGUCGGCAAGCCUGCAUGAACUACGUUCCUUGGAAGUGGAGAUGCCCAUCAUGGGUCGGGUAUUGGCUGGCGCCUCUGAGGCUCUUUCUACUGAUCCUUUGAUUAAGGCCGAGAAGCUGUUGCUUAAGCUGCUAGACCAGGUACUGUGUGCUCAUGGCGAAUUAUUCAAGGGCCAGGCUGCUGCGAUCUAUCAUCACAUCCUUAACAAUAAACAUGACGAUAGCCCGCUCUCCCACUCAACCCUUGAAUCAUGGCUUACGCAAAGCAGCUCACUUCAGCUUCCUCAGGAAGUGCCCCAGCAUCUGAGUGUUAUCUUCGAGAAACACUUUGCAAAGGCUUUCCUCGCGCUUGCCGCAUCGGCACGGGGCUUCCAGCCGCGCUCGGCGUCGACUUCGGUCGCUUGGGUGCGCUUCGCUCUCGGCUGUGUGGAACUCUUCGUACCAGAUAAGAUCUUUGACCCGCAUCACCGGGCUCAGACCGAGGCCGAGGAGCACCAAGAGCUGUACGACAGCCUGCAGCAACAGAUUGCUUCUCUCGAAGCUUUCGAGUUCUCCUUUACUGGUCAGCGCACUACCAGCCUGCGCGCCAAGAUCCUGGCUGAGGAAGCUCAGGGCUUGGGUGAGCCACCUACCGUGCAACAAAUCUAUCGUCCUGACGGUAGCGAACUUCGUGGCCUGCAGAGCGAGUUCAACAAUGUGCUGAGCGCUCUGAUCAAUAAUGAUGUUGCCGCAACACAUCUGCGCUCGUUUGUCGCCGAGACAGCAGGCGAUGCUGCUGAAGAAUUGGCACUCGUUGAGCAAAAUGUAGUCUUGCUGAUUGGGCGCCUGUCCACACGGUUCGGUGCCUACCAGGACAUGACGAUGCCUUUGGUGAGCUUCUUGCGCUGCUUGAGGUUCGGCUUGUCUCUUGGCCGCGGACUUGGAACCAAGCCCCAGCAGUCUGAAGAGGGCGAUUACGGCGCUUUAGUUGGUGUUACUCCUUUCCUAGGCGGCAAUGUAUGGAAGGCCCAAACUGCUGGGGAGACGAUGCCAGUCCGCACACUCGAGUUCCUGGCACUCGUGCAAACCAUUGCAGCUGUCGAAGGACGCGAUAAGCUUCCUGUUUCCUUGCGUCGCAUGCUGCACGAGUCGCUGGCCGCGUUUCACGAGGAAUGGUCGAAGAAGCUCGAGGCCGAUCGGAAGGCCGAACAGGCCAAGACUAGUUUGUACAGGUUUAAGGGCAGCUUUGAGGACCAGGAAGAGUUCGACCAGGAAGAGUUUGACCAGCUUUUCCCGGAUUAUACGCCGGAUGAAGAUGGCGUGACCAGACCCAAGAAGAAACCCCGGCACGGUAGUCGCGAGCUCUCAGUGUUGUUGGCUGAAGCGCACGAAAAGAUCUUCCUGCAGUUGCAGGAGCCUCAGCAAAGUAUGCGAGAGCUGGUCGCGAAGGUCGCUCGUCGGUUUAUCCGGGAGAAGCGUGACUUGGCCAUUGCGGAGCCGGAGUUAGAUCGCGUGCUCCUCCCAGCUGCCUUCCUGGUCUUCGACGAGCAAGUCAAGGCCUUCAAUUCUGAGGCUAACCAGCCUGGUGAGUCAUCAACAUACAACUUCUACACCGAUCCGAACCUUGCCGAAGUCCGCAAGGUGUUGAGCCUCGUCAGCGCCAUCAAGAUGCGCUUCCUCGAGCUGCAGGGCAUCGACGAGAUUGGCCAUCACCAGACCCUCGCCGAUGUUGUCCAAGCAUGUGACAAGAUUCUUCUGGACAUGGCCAUCGACGACCCCCUGGCACGCGUCAUCACCGCUAUUGAGCGUUUGUAUGCUCAUGUCUACGAGUGGCACGAAGGUGGCUGGGCCACGAGGGAGCACAAGGCGAUUCCUCUGUACGAGAAGCUCCGCGAUAUUAUCUGCCACUGGCGACGUCUCGAGUUGUCGAGCUGGUCACGUUUGCUCGAUGACGAGAUAAAGAAGCACUACGAAGACGCCAAGUCAUGGUGGUUCAUCGCUUACGGUGCCGUCAUUUUGAAGCCGUGCGCCAUCCUACAGCAGGGUCUGGACCUUAAAGAGCAUACUGUUGAGCUCUUGGGUAUCCUAGAAUCCUACUUCACGGGUGCCACCGUCGGUCAGUUUGCUGCGCGGCUGUGCCUUCUGCAACAGCUCAAGAACCAGCUCGAUCUUCUUGUUGUGGAUGAGCCUGCUCUAACCGUCGUUCGUGAUGCCGUUGCCAACUUCAUCGUUUACUACGGCCGGUAUCAAAACAAGGUUCGCGGGUUUAUCAGCGCCGGUCGAGAGCCAUUGGAUAGGAGCAUGAAGGACGUAUUAUUAAUGUCCAAAUGGCGUGACAAGAACAUCGAGGCUCUCAGGGACAGUGCGCGGAAGUCUCACGCGAAGCUGUUUAAGAUUGUGCGAAAGUUCCGUGCCGUGUUGGAGCAACCUAUCAAGUGCAUUACCGAUCAGGGGCUUCCGGAAGAAGACUACUCUAGCGUUAGUACCGAAGGAUCGGGUGUGAAGAUGACGAUGGCUGCAAUCCCUGGCGACCAGAAAGCCAUCUCAGUCUGUCAACAGACUCUCCCUGGCAUCCAGAGCCAUCCGCACUGGACCCGGAUAUCCAACCUGCCUGUCGUCCUAAAGGCCAUCGCUAAGUAUGGUACUGUUCCUGCUGUUGCCAUCAAUGCCGCUGAGACCCUGGACACUUACGUCUCCGACCUGGUCUCAUCUAUCGCCUCACUGAGAAAGGAAACCCCAAGCGAGUUGACAGAUGAGAACAAGGAGCUUGUCCGUCAUCUCAAGACUCGCAAGGUUACUCUCUACAGCGACACUCUUAAGACUCUCCGUGCGAUGGGUUUCAGCCGCAACUUGGGCACCAACGUUCUUGCGAAACAAGGUUCAACUGCUGUGGUUCUCGUUGACUCUGGGCUGGUGUCGCAGCCAGGCUGCGCUGCGCUCGACGCUACCGAGUACUACUACCACAAGAUGCUCGACCUGGCCCCACGGUUCCGUCACGCAUCACUGGAGCACUCUGAUGACCUCAACCGCGAAGUCGUGAACCGCAGCAUUGGAUACCUCGAGGGCGUUCUACACGUCAUGUUCCGCCAACGGCAAUUCUUGGCGCGUGCGUCUCAAGCAGAGCGCAACCUCCACGCUGUUGUUGACUUCGUCAAGGAACUGUCGACCGCUGGUGCCGGGCUGUUCAAGGCUGAAAAGCGCCCAACGAACCACGCGCAGGUAGUCCGCUGGCUUGUGCAGAUCCUCAGGUUGGGCAUUUACCUUGUGGACGUUCAUUCCAAGCAUGGCGGCAUCGACAAUAGCGAUGUACGCAAGAGACUCGAUGGGUGGGCUGAGACGUUCGCGAAAUUGGAUGCUGCGCAGGAUAAUCUGCCGCGACUCCCUGAUGGGUUUGGUUCAGUUCCCGGCGAUGAGCUUCGCAAAGAUGUUGAGAAAGAGCUAGAGGUCCUUCGAAAUGGCUUAGAUAACAUUGCGCGCAACCGGCCCGACCUGGCCUUCGUCAUGCAGCAGAUUCAGCUCUGGACCAGCAUCCAGACGACGGAAGUUAUUGAUGGCAUCCAUGAGAGCGAGAGUAUCGACAACUUUGCCGCUGCAGCACUAACGCUCUCCAGCAAGGUCCUAGUUGCGUUGCAGAAUUUCCGCAAGGCCGCCAAAAGUCUCCCAACUACAACUGAAGACGCCGGUUGGCUCAUCCAAUACAGCGACAGCCUGCAGCAGUCCAUCGACGCUCUUCGCAUGACUAGGAUUACUCAGGAAGUCGAAUCGCUCUUCGGCCGCCUGAGGGCUCUCACCACGGAUCAAGACACAGCAACAGCCCUCCUGCGUCUUGUCUAUCCAAUUCUCUCUCAGUACCUGUCAGUUUGCUCACACAAUCUUUCUCGGUUUGUCGACCUUCAUAGGACGACUUGCCGCCUGGGCUACCAGCUGGCAGCCUCUUUCGUGCAAAUUGCCAGCCAGGGCUUCUGUACGCCACAAGAGAAGAGCAACGAGGAAUCCGGAGAAACCGGCCAAGUGGAGAGCGGCACUGGCUUGGGCGAGGGCGAGGGUGCCGAGGAUAUCAGCAAGGACAUCAAGCCAGAUGAGGACCUUUCAGAACUGGCACAAGACCCGAACAACAAUCUUCAGGGAGACAUUGAACACAACGAGGAUGCCGUCGACAUGGGUGAGGAUGAGCUUGAGGGCGAACUUGGCAGCGUGUCUGGCGAAGAUGAGGACGAGAAGGAUGGCAAGGAUAAGGAUGGUGAGGAAGAGGAGGAGAUGGAUGAGCAGGCUGGUGAUGUGGACGAUCUGGACCCCACUACCGUUGAUGAGAAGAUGUGGGAUGGCACUGAUGAGGACGAGGCCGAGAAGGAUCAGAUCGGUGAUAAGGAGAAGGGUAAGAAGGAUGAUGAUCAGAGUGCAGCUGUGGAGAAGGACAAGAAGGACCAGCAGAAGGGAGAUGAACAGCAAGAUGAUGAGGGAAAUGCUCCUCCCGACGAGGCUGGAGAUGAAGAUGCUGAAGCUGAGCCUGGCCAGGAGAUGGAGGGCAUGCGGGAAGAGCCGAUUCACCAGGAUCCAACUGCGCAAGAGACGGAUACUCUCCAGCUUCCAGAGGAUAUGGAUAUCGAGAUCGAUGAUGAGGGUGACAGUGAUGAAGAUGAUCUGGACGACCUGUCGGAUAUUGAAAAGGCUGAAGAUCAGGAGGAACCAAAGGUAUCUGAAGAGGUUCCGCGCGGUGAUGAGGAAGAGGGAGAAGAAGACAAACGCGAAGAGGAGCACCAGAAGGACGAGAACAUUGCUGAAGAAGAGGCUGAGGAGGAAGAGGAGAUUGAUGCAGCCGGUGAUAGAGAGGAAGAAAUGGAGGUGGAUGAGAAGGAACAAGAGCAAGGAAAAGAGGAAGAUGGUGAGAAUGAGGAGAACGAAAGAAACGAUGAGAAGAAGCAGCCACUUCCUGAUGAUGGAACCAGUAUAGACCAGGAAAAUGCCGCUCCCAGUGAGGUCAAGAAUGGUGGCGGUCAGGCUCAGGAAGAAGAUGCCGACAUGCAGGAUGAGGACAGUGAAAACAAGACUGGCCAGAGGGAACAAGGUGCUUUGGGCAAACAGGCGGCUGAGGAGGAUAAGGCUCCAGGUGGUCAAGGUGUGCUCUCCCAGCUGGAUCAAGACCAAGGCCAGGCCGACAAGCCCGAGGACGACAGGCGAUCGCAAGACGCACAACCCUUCAAGAAACUUGGUGAUGCGUUGGAGCGCUGGUACCGCAAUCAGCGGGACAUUCAAGCCGCUUCGGAGGACCAAGAUCAAAAGAAGAGCGAGAACUCAUCCGAGGACCUGGCUAAGGCCGAGUUCCAGCAUCUCCAGGAUGAGAACGCAGAGGCAGACACCCAGGCCUUGGGGACGGCAACAAAUGAGGAGGCUAAGCCGAUGGACGAUGUCAUGGCCAUCGACAACGAGAUGGAGCAGACUGGCGACCAAAUCAUGCCAGAGGAUGAUGAGGAGGAGGAGCAAGGUGAUGUGGAGAUGGAGGACGUUGACUCUGCUGGGCAGCAGGAUGCUGCCAAGAACGACCGUGAAGAUGGGCGAUCUGGCGUUGCUACGCGCAAGGGAGCUUAUGAGACGGAUGACAAGGACGAUCUCCCGCAGACCAAGGCUACAUCUGAGGAAGAUCUUGAAGAUGAGCAGAUCAAAGAAGCAUCCUCGCAGCUUUUGGCCACCCACAUCUCUGACGAGCAGUUAAAGCGGCCACUCCGUGACUACGGCGAGGCACUUGAAAUGUGGUCGACCUUCCAAACCAAAACCCAGGCGCUCUCACAAUCUCUCUCAUCUCAGCUCCGCCUCAUUCUCACGCCCACCCAGUCAACCAAGCUCUCUGGCGCCUUCCGCACAGGCAAGCGGCUAAACAUCAAGAAAAUCAUCCCGUACAUCGCGUCCAGCUACAAGCGCGAUAAGAUCUGGAUGCGCCGCGCCAUCCCAUCUAAGCGUGCCUAUCAGAUUCUUCUUUGCGUAGACGACAGCUCGUCCAUGUCAGACGACAACCGCUCGACAGCCGGCAACUUGGCUCUCGAGUCUCUGGUCAUGGUCGCCCGUGCACUCACAGUCCUCGAGGCUGGCCAAAUCGGCGUCAUGGGCUUCGGCACCGACGUCUUUGUUGCACACGCCCUGACUGAUCCUCCCUUUACCUCUCAAGACGCUGGUGCCCGCGUCCUGCAGCAGUUCACCUUCCGCCAAGACAGUACCGACAUGGUUCUCCUGCUACGCCGGACAAUCGAUCACUUCCGUGAAGCGCGUCUAAUUCAGGCAUCAUCGUCGCGUGGAGGUGAAGAUCUCUGGCAGCUGGCUCUUAUCCUGUCUGAUGGUCUUGUUCAGAGCCGCGACCACGCACGACUCCGGCCUCUGCUGCGCGAGGCGAUGGAGCAGCGUGUCAUGGUGGUCUUCAUCGUCAUGGACGAUGCACGCAGCCGUAAGGGACAUAGUGUGCUCGAGCUCAAAGAGGCGCGGUUCGGCCCGGACGGCGUCCCUGUCAUUCAUCGGUACUUGGACUCAUUCCCGUUCCCAUAUUACUUAAUUGUCCAUCAUCUGGAGGAUUUGCCUGGCGCGUUGGCGGCAUUGUUGAGGACUUGGUUUGCGGAAGUUAACUCUUGA